CUUCGUGGAUCCACCAUGUCGGCGCCCAUGGAGGUUGUGUUGUCCGCCGAUUCCGCAGGACUGAUGUGGAACUGUGCGGUUUUCGAUCUCCACACUGGCUCAAAUGUGUUGUCGUAUCGAGGAGGAAAUUCGUCGGCCCGGUCUUUAACCGUGCUCAACGGCGAGUACAUUUUAGGAGCACAACUCGGCAAGAACUUCAUAAACGUGUGGGAGAUACAAAGAAAGGACCAGCUGCAGCAGAAGAUUGUGUGUCCUGGGAUCGUGAACUGCCUGGUGGCCUCCCCCGAUGGCCUCUACGUUCUGGCAGGCAUUGCUGAGGCUGUGUACCUGUGGGAGAUAUCAACAGGAAACCUGCUGGCUGUUUUGAGUCGGCACUACCAAGAUCUGAGCUGCCUGCGCUUCACGGAUGACAGCAGCCAUUUUGUUUCGGGAGGAAAGGACAAUCGGGCACUCAUAUGGAACCUUGCCAGUGUGGUGCAGCUGGAUUCGUCCCGUGUGCCCGAGCCACGACACGUGCUGUCCUGUCACUCCCUGCCCAUCACCGACAUCCACUGCGGCCUGAUGGGACCUCAGGCCAGAGUGGCCACUGCCUCUUUGGACCAGACAGUUAAGCUAUGGGAAAUUUCCUCUGGAGAGAUGCUUCUGUCAGUCCUCUUUGAUGUCAGCAUUAUGUCGGUGACCCUUGACCCCUGCGAAUACUUCCUGUUCUGUGGAGGAAGUGAUGGAAGUAUCUUUCAGGUGUCCCUAUGCAGCACGGCCGUAAGUCGGGAUAAGACUUUCCAGUCAGAUGGAGAAGGGAACCAGGUCUUCAAAGGCCACAGGAACUUGGUGACGUGCCUGUCUGUAUCCAUGGAUGGAACACUUCUACUGUCGGGCUCCCACGACGAGACGGUCCGGCUGUGGGACGUCCAGAGCAAACAGUGCAUCCGCUGCAUCCACCACAAAGGUCAGGUAACCAACGCUGUCAUCGUCCCGGCUCCUGCCAACAUGUUCCUCCCGGACAGUCGACCAGGCAUCACUCUCCCGCGCUUCAGCCGCCACCUGAACCCAUCGGAGCAGGGCGAGGGUGUUGCAACCGGCGGUGCUUGCCUCAGGCUGGGCACUCGCGGCCAGGACUCUGAUGAGACCUACUUGGAGAAGAGGGAUCGUCUCCAUUCUCUCAUGUGUGCCGUCACGGACAAGAGUGUGUUCGGUGAUGGAGAGAAUUCUAAGGUGCGUGUAUCAGAAUUGGAGGAAGAGGUGAGGACCCUGAAAAAGAUCAACAAAGACCUGUACGAGUUCUCCACACAGCUCCUUACCAAGCCUAAUUAGAAGAAUCGUCAUGAGGUGGUCUGUUAUACCAGAGACGAGCUGUACCUUGAUAAACAGUGAAUCUCUGUGGAUGUUACAUGGACUGUAAUUAUUCUUUCACACACAGUAUGAAAAUCACUACUUGGUGAUGAAGCAGUGGUGUUUUUUUAAAUACUCAAACUGCAUCUGCUUUUGUAUAGUGCAGGGUUGUUUUGUUUUGAUUUGUUUUGUAGUCAUUGGUUUAAUAUGCUACUACCGUAGUAUCACAAUCACUCUAAGCAUCCCACCUCUGUACCUUUUUUUAGAAAAGCUUCCCAACAAUGACCUCUUGACCUGUGCCAUACUGAGGUACUUGGCUGACUGUUUGCACCUAAAACAUUCUUUUCUUUUCUUUACAUUUCUUUUUUUACAUUAGUGUUAAGAGUAUAAUCUCAAUUUUGUUAAUGGGGAGAGUUCUGUUAAAAUGUACAGUAUAAUUGUUCACAUUGAAACACAGCAAAAAAAACAAACAAAAAAAACCCCAUAGUGGCACAGAAUCAGUUAAUGGUACCAGAAUAAUCAUUUGGCCAUUUAUGUGCUUCCAGUCUUCAUUCUAAAGGGUGCCGUUUGCACCAAAUUAAUCUAUAGUUUUAAUCCUCAUUUUAAUCUGUAAUUUCCCACCAGGAUCAAUAAAGUUUUAUCUUUCUAUCCAUCUA